GUCUACGCGAAUGCAGGGAAAGAUGCAUCAUGCGUCGAAUCAGGUACCCUGCCGCCUCCAGGCUUGCCUUCUCAGCCUAACACAAAUUCAAGCCGAGGGACAAAAGAGCCACAGUUCACCAUCAGCCUUGCAAAGAUCCAAAUCCAAAUGGUAGCGGUAGAUCAUCGAUUAGGAAACUUUGGCUCUGUUAGUGCCCAAAGUUGUACCCUGGUUACACCGUACAGAGCUUCGGUAUCAUCACCCUUCCCCGGUUCAAGAUCACAAGACGACACGUAGUUGGGUUCGUGUGGGGCAUGCAAGAUGGAGAGCCAUGGGGAGACCGCCAAGACGAGACAGCAUUCUCAGCCCACCGUGCCUGUUCGACAGGACUUUCUUUUUGUCGAUGCGGCUCAAGCAAGAACCUCUCGCCAAGGACGCCGCAAUGCUCGCUCUUUUGUCAUGCAAAAGGCGAGGAGAGAACGUCCAUGGUCCACGAGCAAACAUACAGCGAAACAAAGAAAUGCGGCUGAGGACGCGAGUCCCAUGAGUGCUACUACUUCCGAUUCGUUACUUACUCCAAUAAACACGGCAACGCCGAGUCCUCCAAUUUUCCUCGGUAGAAGAGACCACGUCUCUUCAGCGGAACAAAACCACUACACAGCGGCUAAUCAGAAGAUUUGCCAACAUUGCAACAUCUUUUUGUGCCGCCCUGGUCAACGAUCGUGUCCAAGAUGUCUCCUACUCGAAUCUGCAGUACCUACGCAAGAUCCCGAUAACAGUCUAUUUGAUCCGUUCCGAACAUCGUCUGUAGAGACAAACAAAAGUGUGUCGGAGUUGUUGGAACAUUUUGUAACUCAAAUGGCUCCUGGUAUCAUCGCGAUCGACGUUCGACAUCAGUCUACAUUGAUGAGAAGAGACUGGUAUGGCACGGCAAUGAGCAACUCAGGCUUCAUGCACAGCUUGCUUUGCACUGCUGCGCUACAUCUCUAUAUUGUCGGCAAAGGCUCCAUCAAUACGAUUUUAUACCACAGAGCACUUGCCGUCGCCUCAAUAAAUGCAGCCAUCUCUAGCCUGGAUCACAGCAUUGGGAUUUCAGAUGCAAACAUCGGUGCAGUCUUUAAUAUGAUGGUUGUUGAGGAGAGUUUGUUACAGCCCUUCUUCGAGGGAGCAGGUCUCGAUGAAGAACAACCAUAUCAACGCGCAAUACACAUGGAUGGUCUGCAGAGAAUGGUGCAACUACGUGGAGGCCUGAUGGGACUAUACUCUAAUCGUAUCCUGCAAGCCUUCAUACUGUGGCAUUCGACUGCGCACGCCAUAGCUACACUCGAAGCGCCGAACAUGCCAACAUUGGACUACAUCAGCAGUGCAUGUUUCCCCCACCAUCCUCUGGGCUACAGUCCGAGUUUUUCACAACACCUUCUGAACUAUUGUCGCCACGCAGGCGUUAGAGAAUCUCUUACAAGCUUAGUCGAGUCUGUGCUCAUACUCAUUGCUGACCUCAAUGUCUGGUUUAGCGACCCAGAAUGUCCCCUUGACCCUCUCGACAUCCAAAACUUCUCCUGCGUACUGGAAUGCUCGUUACUAAGAUGGCUCAACGACAACGCAUCACUCAUCACCCCCCUCGAAGACGCACUAUGCAUUGCCCUUCUAAUCUUCGUCGUUCGCACAACAGAAGCAAUGAAGCGACAUUCCGACGUGCAUCUGCUGCACUUCACCGCUAGCAAACGACUGGUCAAAUCACUGAACUGCACAAUCCGUUCUGAGUGGCAAUUCUGCCCCGACAUCCUAUUGUGGAUACUCGCCAUCGGGUCUAUAUCAGCAGACGGCUCACCCGAGAGCCCGUGGUUCGUCUACCAAACGUCUCUCGCCACAGCAGAAUUCGGGAUACAAUCCGUGGGAGAGCUUCUAGCGCGGCUCCAUCUCUGCGGCUGGGUCAGUUAUAAGCUCAACGAUGCCGUGUGCCGCCUUUGGGAUAGGAUUGUCAAUCUCAGGCUUGAGCCAUACCUCACUGCGUCCUCAGUAGGUGAAGACCCAGUUAGUCCUGUCGGACCACUGCAAUCUCAUGUUGCAGAUCUCGACUUAGUCGACUGGCAGAAUAUGGACUGGAGGGCCUUCGACCCUCAACAAGGCGACGCAAAUCAAUACGCCAUAUCGGGGACUCUCGGUGUUGGGGGUGCAGGUUUCGUUGCGGAGCACAGGAUAUAAUUGAAUUCUCCAUGCGGAUAUGGGUACGAUGAUGAGAUACGACCGGUGGGAGGGAAACGGCUGGAGACUACAAAGGCACUAUUUGCAUCCAGCAAUGAUAUGAGAGCGAAGACAAGGAUGUUGAAGUUUAAGCCGAGG